CUUUUGGCCAAUCAGAUCUGAAAAAUAUGUGAUUGGUCAAAACAAUUGGGCGGCCUGUGUAAACACAGCCUUAGUUCCUCUAAUCACCAUCACUGUCAGUGACCGUUAGGUUCAGGAAAUAACACAAAUGGGCACAGGCUGCUAAAGGUAGAUGUUCCAGAGUCUGACUGAGCCAAGCAGCAAUUGACAGUCUGUGUGUAGGCUAGAUCAACACUCCACUAUACAGGAAGGACAGUACGGUCAUUGAAGUUCAGCACAAGUGAAACCCAGGUGUAAAGGAGACUACACUCUGCCAGAAUGACAGAUGCUCAGAACUACUCCAUGCCCACAGAGUCUCAGGAUGCCCUGAACUCUAACCUGCCACACCCUUACCCCCAUGGGGAAACUCAAGUGGACCACAUGCCACCAUACAUACCACCCCCCUACUCUGCAGCUCCAGCCAUGUAUCCUCCAUCCCCCAACCCCCCAGUCCUGUACCCACCACAGGCAAGGGUAGACAUGGGAACUCUCCCCCCUGGAGAGUGUAACCCUUUGGGAGAGCCAGGAUCUUCUUCACCAGAGGCAGACGCCGCCUUAUUGGUGUCAUCUUUUGAUGACAAGACCAUAAGGAAGGCGUUUAUCAGAAAGGUGUUCAGUGUCGUGACCCUGCAGUUGCUGGUGACCUUCAGCAUCGUGUGUGUGUUCACCUUCUCCAGUGUGGUGAGGGCGGCGGUGCAGAGCAACAUCUGGAUCUACCUCAGCUCAUACAUCCUGUUUGCUGUGGUUGCCAUCUCCCUUAGCUACUCCAAUUCCUUCAGCAGAAGCCAUCCCUGGAACCUGGUGGGACUAUCAGUGGUCACUCUCACCCUAUCCUACUUGGUCGGCACUGUGGCCUCAUUUCAUGACACCACUGCUGUAGUCAUCGCCAUGGGAGCAACAGUGGCAAUCUCCUUCACCAUCAUCAUCUUCUCAGCCCAGACUCGAGUGGACUUCACAAUUUGUAAUGGCAUCCUGCUGGUGCUGGCAGUGGACCUUCUCAUGUUCAGUUUCUUCUGCUGUUUCUUCUACUCCAAUGUGCUGCAGAUAGUCUACGGAUCUCUGGGAGCCCUGCUCUUCUCACUGUUCUUGGCGAUUGACUGUCAGUUGGUGAUGGGCAGGCAGAAGUACGCUCUAGAUCCAGAAGAGUAUGUGUUUGCUGCCCUGAUCCUGUACCUGGACAUCAUUAACAUCUUCCUCUAUCUGCUCAUCAUAAUGGGAGGCUCCAGCAAAUAGUCAACACCUGGCAGAAACCUACAAUGACACACAUAUGUAGCUAUAGUCCGUAGCACUCCAAACUAGAGCUGGGCAAAAAUCCAUAUUGUGAUAAAUUGCAUGAAAUGAUGCGAUAACGAUAAAUAGAACGAUACAUUUAUAACAAUGUGCACCAGCCUUUUUUUGUAUCCUUUAAAACUACUACUACUAGUUUGAUGGUUGUAGCCAUCAAUCGUCCCAUUAACAAUCAUCCAUAUUAUCAAACUUAUUUAAUUUCAAACAUCACAUUUCUUGAGCCUUUGGGCCCAGGCUUGUAGGGGGCCCUUGAGCCACAAAAAAAAGGAAAUACAUACAGUAUAUAUAGGUAAAAUAUAUAUAUUUUUUACUGCAACCAUCAACCACAGGAGGACUCAGGAGCCCGCUCUCAAUGAAUAUAGACAUCCUUCUGCCACUCUGCUAAUCAUCAGAUGGGGGAAGAGAGGAGGUAGGGGGCCCACAUGUGUAUAACACUUUAGUUGCCCCGCUACUCAUUUUGCUGCGGGGCGGAGAGUCAUUUUUGCCGUUUUAAAGCUAAUUACCUGCAAUUCUACACAUUUUGCCAUGACUUAUGCCAUGUUAAUGAUAUCUCAGUGAGAGUGAAUAACAAAAUCAAAGGAGGCCCCCAGGAGGUCAGGGCCCCUGGGCAUGUGCCCUGCAUGCACAGUCAGUAUUCAGCCAUGAUUAUUACAAGUUUAGAUAGUCUAGCCAGCUAACCUGUCUAAAAAGUGUUAGCUGAC